AUGUCGCCCCCUCCCGCUCAGCUCGUCAUGCCCCCGGUCCCCGGCACCGAUCCCAGCUUGCUCUUCUUCGGCGCCACCAGAGACUUGGCUCGAGCCUACGACACCUACUCCCUUUCGUCCUCCUCCACCGACAGCGACACCGCCGCGUCCAUCCUCGGACACCAGGCCAUCAUCGGAUACCAGACCAUGGCGUACGGCGAUCAGCAAGACGCAGCCGGCGCCGGCGGACAGGCCGCAGGCGGCAGCAUGAAGGACCGCAUGUGUCCCAACAUGCGCGGCUGCUGGUCCUUCUCGUGGGAGGCGUACAGCCUUAAGACCUCGGACAAGGCCGUCCUCUUCCGCCGCAUCUGCAUGUACGUCAUCCUCGGCAUCCGCACCGCCAUGUCCGUCAUCGGCGUCGUCCGCGACAUCGUGCACGCCCAGAUCGUCAGCCUCAUCCUAGGCAUCAUCCUGGGCGUCAUUGGCUUCUUCUUCAUCGCUUGGUGCCUUGCUGUUAUCGGCCAGUCCGAGGGUCGUCGCAAGGUCCUCGGAAUCAUGGUGGGACGAUGGCAUUUCGACAUCUUCUUGCUGGUCACAGCCUUCAUCCAUGCCGCGCUCCUCGUCGGAAGCUUCUUUGGCCUCGGCAGCGCCGGUGGCCACGCCACCUGGCUCAUUAUGUGGCUGCUCAUUUUCCUCGUUGCCUGGAUCGGCACUUGGCCUGCUGAGCAAGAGAGCCAUGUCUAA